AUGAUUGUUAACCUUGCAAUCUGGUUACAUUGCAUAAUUUGAAAGGAAAUAACAGCUGAAACCUUUAUGGAGAAAUUGGAUAAUGGUGCUUUGCUGUGUAGGCUAGCAGAGACUUUACAAGAUAAGUUUAAAGAAAAUUGCAUUGAGGCCAACAAGCCUGGAAAGAUAAUGCCGGUGAGGAAAAUUCCAUGCAAAGCCAAUGCACCUUCUGGAUCAUUUUUUGCACGGGACAACACUGCAAAUUUCUUAUCCUGGUGCAGAGAUGUAGGAGUGGAUGAUACUUGUCUGUUUGAAUCUGAAGGUUUAGUCCUCCACAAGCAGCCCAGAGAAGUGUGCCUUUGUUUGCUCGAGCUUGGAAGGAUUGCUGCCAGGUUUGGUGUGGAGCCUCCUGGAUUAAUAAAGCUGGAGAAAGAGAUUGAACAAGAAGAAACACUUUCAACUCCUCUUCCAUCUCCUUCACCUUCUCCAUCAAAGUCACCUGGAAAGAAGAGUACAGGGAAACUCCUGGAUGAUGCGGUCAAACAUAUUUCAGAAGAUCCUCCUUGUAAAUGCCCUAGUAAAUUUUGUGUGGAGCGUCUUUCACAAGGAAGAUACAGAGUGGGGGAGAAGAUCCUUUUCAUCAGG